AAUCAAAGGACUAUUUACGUUUAUAUUUACACAAUAACCUUUUGUACUGAGUCUGUUAGUUACCGCAACGCACAGUUAACGUAAACACACUACCGUGUUACUGUCACCCUAGCAACAGAAAGCUUCAAAUGACCGUGCAGGUACUUCCCACCAGUUCUUUCUACUUGACUGGUAAGGUUUAAUUUGAUACCUCAAUGAAAACAUGCAAACUAGUAUUUAAACUCUCACAAACUUGCUCCCAGUUUCUGACCAAACAAGUUAUAGGCAACCUUGUGAUGUUCUGAAUGUUUUUAUGAAAUCAAACCUUCCCCCUCUCAGAGAGCUUCUCCCCACCCUGCCACAAGACACAGCCAUGGCCCUUAGAGCAGUCGCCCUGCUAGGUCUCUCCCUGCUCUACUUCUGCUGCUCUCACCCCCUCAGCCGCCCAAACAGCGGCCUCAACAAGUGCCGCUCCGCCGCCAAGUCACUUCCGGCCCUGGAGGUGCUGCCUGGAGGGGGCUGGGACAACCUGAGGAAUGUGGACAUGGGCCGGGUCAUGAACCUCAGCUUCUCCCUGUGCCUCACCACGGAGGAUGGCCUCUACCUCGUCCCAGACGAGGUCUUCGUCAUCCCCCAGAAGGUGACGCGAGUGGAGACCAACUCUGAGAUCAUCAGUUCCUGGCUGGAUCAGAAAGGCUCCACAUCUUCGUCCAUCAACGCAGACAUCUCUUUCUUCUCUGUCUUAAACGCAAAGUUUUCCACCGAGAACCAGAGGAUGAAGACCCACCAAGUCAGAGAUCCCUCGCUCACCACCAGAGUUCAGGUACGCAACUUCCUCUACACCGUCAAAGCGAAUCCUGACUUCACCUUGGACUCCCGUUUCACACAGCAAGCGGAGGAAAUUGCAGACGCCAUCGUGGACAAACAGAUUCGAUUGGCAACCUACCUCUCUGAGAGGAUGGUCCUGGACUUUGGCACCCAUGUGAUCACCAGUGUUGAUGCAGGGGCCUCUUUAGUGCAGGAGGACUACCUGCGAUCCUCUUAUGUGUCUGACGGUAAAACAGACAAGUCCUCCAUCACGGCAUCCGCAGGCAUCAACUUCUUCAACAAGGUGAACUUUAACAUCAGCAGCAAAGACGCCCAUGAGACGUCAGAAACCAAGGGUUACCAGGACAACGUCACCUACUCGAUCAUAGAGAGCCACGGAGGAGUGCCCUUCUACCCUGGCAUCACCCUGCAGAAGUGGCAGGAGAGCACCUCAAACAACCUGGUGGCCAUCGACCGGUCAGGCCUGCCGCUUCACCACUUCAUAAACCACAACACCUUCCCUGACCUUCCACGCCCCAUCGUCGGCAAGCUGGCGCUGUCGGUGAGCCAGGCCAUAGGACGCUACUACGCCAUCAACACCUACCCAGGAUGUGUGAAAGCAGAUUCACAGAACUUCAACUUCCAGGCCAACGUAGACGAUGGAUCCUGUGAUGGCCCUGCCACCAACAUCAGUUUCGGAGGUGUGUUCCAGCAGUGUACCAAGCUCACCCCUGAUGCAGACCCGAUAUGUCAGGCCUGGGACCAGAAGAACCCAGAUACAGGGAACUAUUCCUGCCGCCCACCCUACCAACCCACCCUGCUACGCUCUGAGUACAGACAGUAUGUCUGCCGUCCUUCCUGCCGUAGAUGUUGGCUUUUCUUCGAUUGCUGUGAUAAAAACUGUGGAGAUGAGUACCAUGUCCGAUCUGCUCAAAUCCAAACCUACUGGUGCUCCUCCAACGAGACAAUCCCAAUUGAAUCAAGUUAUCUCUUUGGGGGGCUCUACGGCCCCUCCCUCCAGAAUCCUUUAACCAAAUCCAAGAGCUGCCCUCCAAACUUCAUCCCACUGAAGAUGUUUUACGGCGGCCUGAUGAUUUGUGUGAGUAACGACUACGAGACUGGCUCCCGGUUCUCCGUGCCCUUCGGCGGUCUGUUCAGCUGCGAGUCCACCAACCCCCUGGCUGGGGGCCAGCCUCGCUGCCCUCCCCAGUUCAGCCAGCACCUCGCUACCGUCAGCGACGGCUGUCAGAUCCUCUACUGUGUCCAGUCUGGUCUGUUCACAGGUAGGCAGCUGCUGCCAGUCCGUCUGCCACCCUUCACCCGUCCUCCACUGGUCAGCAUGUCGGCCACCAACACAGUGGUGGUGAUGACCGACGGAGGCCAAGCCUGGGUCAGAGCUGGACAGACCAAGUUGUGGAAGAUGGUCAAACCACAGGAGGUCCAGGAAAUGAUCAGGAUGUUCAGCCCUGAGUCAGACCAGCCGUCAGGGGGACAGAAGUUUGGCGUGGCCUUCGGAGUCAUCGUUCUGGUGGUUCUGGUGGUUGUUGGGGUGGUGCUGGUUUGGAGGAGGAGGAGGGGGCUUCCAGAGCCAGAGAGGUUAAUUGAGCUAUAAGAGUUAAACAAUGACGUUCAGAUUAAUGAGGAGGAUUAAUGGCAAUAAUACUCUACAUAAUCACUGUGCUAGACCAUAGAUUAGUAUGUUAAUGGUUAAGAAGGUGUGAGUACAAAACUAAACUUAUAUACACAAGAUCUAUCCCUUUCCUGUCAGCUAAGAAAUAUCUAAGAAAUAUGAAAAGCACAUUUAUAUAAACUUGAUAAUCUACAAUUUACUACUAUGUAAUUAAGUCAGGUAUCUUUUUGUAAUGGGAGAUGCACAUUUUGACACUUUUUAUAUGUUACUGCAAAAUCUAGAGAAUGGUAUCAGUGGCUGUAACUACAAAUAAUACGUAAGACAAAAAUAGUGUCCUGCUCUCUAAUAAAAUAUAACUGUUUCAUGUAUCCUAUACUCUGUACUGCAGUGGAUCCCAAAUUUCUUUAGUUUGAACAAUUAAUGAAUUUAAUUUUAUUCAGUGAUUGUUUGCUUCUCUUUGAGGUCUGAAAAUAAAAUGAUUGUGUCUGUCUGACAGUUUGUUAUUGUCUUAUUAGUACAUCCGUAACUUAAU